AUGAAUGACAACAAAACGGCACCCACAGGCGCAUACGUCGGCGUUUAUUGCGGCAUGUUUAUCAUUGGCACCGCCUACAAUUACCUGGGAAUGAAAUUCAGUAGCUGGUUGAACAAAUUUAUGGUUAUUUGGGUCGCCAUCGGUACCAUCAUUGUCAUUAUUACCGUUCCCGCUAUGGCACCAUCGCAUCAAAGCGCCAAAUGGGUGUUUACUUCAUUCGGAAACGAAACUGGAUAUAAAAACCUUGGUUUGGUAUUUUUCCUCGGAUUGCUGCAAGCCGGUUGGACUCUGAUCGGAUACGAAUGUGCUGCUCAAAUUGUCGAAGGAACGAAGCGUGCCGAUAUCACUGCGCCACGAGGCAUUGUUAUUUGCAUCGCUUGCGCGGUAGUUCAGGGUUUCGUCCUUAUUAUUGCUGUUCUGUUCUCAAUUCAAGAUGUGGACGAACUUAUCGGCUCCGAGAUGCCCGUGGCUGUCUUGUUCCUUCGCGCUACCUCAAAAGAAAUCACCACCUUUUUCUUGGUUAUUUUGCUCGUCGCUCAGUUUGGUUCUCUCAGCAACUGUAUCUUGGCCACCGGUCAUCUCUUCUGGGCCAUGGCUCGUGAUAGAUGCUUACCUUAUUCCAACUUCUUUUACAAGCUGGAUAGCCGCAGCAUUCCCGUCCGCGCACUCAUGUUGCAAUUAGGCAUUGCUAUUGUCGUUAUUAUGCCGAUCUUUGGUACCAUGAUUUACUGGGAAGCAAUUAUGAGUACAGCCGUGAUCUGUGUCAACAUUUCUUAUGGUCUUCCUCUCAUGUGUCGCAUCAUUUGGGCUGGAAAAGACAUGCCCAAGGGUCCUUUCAAUCUUGGAAAAUUCAGUUUACCUCUCAACUACAUCAGUGUAGCCUGGAUCUGCUUCUUUGGUGUCAUCCUGUGUAUUCCAUCCGUAUCUCCCGUAGAUGCAGUGACCAUGAACUGGGCAAGUUUAAUGAUUGGCGCAGUAGUAAUCUUUGCUAUGUGCUUCUGGUUUGUGUCAGGACGCAAAUUCUACAAAGGUCCCAUGCAAACUGCUAUGGACUAA